UGGCCAGAUGCAUGGAUGGCCUCACGUGACGGCAGCAGCAGGACACAUGAUCACAGCAGGCAGCUCCCUGGACUAGCCAUAAAAGACCAAGAUCUGGGCUGCCCCCAGAGGCUCCUCAGUCGGAUACCCACCCAGGCUGCCAGCUGCUUCCCCAAGAACUUGAGCACCAUGAACAUUGGGGGACUUUCUCCUCCAGAACCAGCCACCCCUGAAAUCCAAGGCAUUGCUCAGCAGGUGAAGAACAAGCUGGAGGCGGCGGCGAACAAGAGGUUUGCCACCUACAAGGCCAUUUUGUACUGUGCCCAGGUGGUCGCUGGCAUGAAUUACUUUAUCAAGAUGCGAUGUGGUGACAAAGAGAAGGAUUACGUCCAUCUGAGGAUCUUCCAGGCGCUGCCAGUUCAAGGCGGACUGGUUGAACUCUCCAGCUUCCAGCUGGACAAGACCAAGGAUGACCCCAUCACCUACUUCUAGGCACAGCCGUCCAUCUCCGCUUGGAGGGAAGCCGUGGAAGAAGCGAGGCGUGCACUGAGCCAUGGGAGCUUCUGAACGGAAUAAACACAUUUGUCCAAAAAUG